AUGGAUGGAAUUUUCUCGAUUCAAUCUUGUUUCGUUUGGUUUAGUACAUUUCUGUCCCAUCCUCCUCUUCCGGCAGAAAUUGCAACCACGUUGAAUCAUUUAUGGAAGGCUAAGGUUCCGUCGAAAUUGCAUUUUUUCGGAUGGAGAGUUAUUCACAAUAAAAUGUCGACAAAGGAUCAAUUGAAAAAGAUGGGUAUUUUGGUGAAUAGCAAUGAUUUUUCUAAUGUGUUGUGUUUGUCGGAAGAGGAAUCUCUACCGCACCUUAUGGGUCUUUGUCCGAUAACGUCGACAAUUUGGAGAAAAGUUUAUGAGUGGAUUGGUUUGAUAGAAAAGUUAUCUUUGAUGGAAUUCAAAAGUUUCUUUGCUCAUUGUGAUAAGGUGAAAAGUUUAUCUAAAAGGUCGAUUGUGGCGGUUAUUUGGUUAGCGACGGCGUGGAGUAUUUGGUUGAAGCGUAAUGUGAUCAACUUUAAGGGCGAGUCGUUUUGCUUUAAUGAUUGUAUGUCGGAAAUAGUUGUUAAUGCGUGGAAGUGGUUAAAUUCCAAAUGUAAGAUUGUAAACUCUUGUAACUUUCACACUUGGAAUAUCCCGCUCCUUGGUUUUAGGAUGUAG